AUGAUAAAGUUCUUCCUAUUAAUAGCACUACCAUCCGUUUUCAUAAUAUCCAGCGAUGUUUACCUCAACGAUUUGAUGGCAGUGGUCAAGCGGAUAAACAACGAUGAACCCAUCAUAGAUACAACCAACUACUGCAAGCAGAUGAUUACGGAUCAAACAGACCACCUCAAAAAUGAAGCGCCUCAUAAUCCGGAAAAUGAAUUUCAAAAUCUCAAAAAUGACAAUCAAAAUUCGAGAAAUGGCGGCUCAAACUCGAUCAAAGCUAGAUUUUUGUGCGGCUUAUCAAACUUUUUGUCUGAAAAGCCUUACGUGAAUUUAAUUUUCCAACUGUUUGCAAACCAUUUAAACGUCUACCAGCGUAUUAAGUUGGCCAACAAUCUGACGUAUGACGCUUUUUUCAAGCCGACUUGCUGGUUUGGGUGCCAGAGGAAUUUAUACUGGCAGCUGUUUGGCGAAGAUGAUGCAUUAACAUGGAUGGAUGUCUCCCGUCUCACGUUACGGUAUCUUUCGGUGGUCGUUGAAAUGGUACUGCUGAUAUACUGCUACGUGUCCUUAUUUUUCACUGCACUCCCUGAUGAAUCAGAGGAAGAACUUCGUUUGAAGAGAGGUUUCAUGGACUUCCUGAAGAAACUUCCCUUAGAAGACUUGAAGAACGUGGGACUAAAAACAGGCGGAGCAGUCGCCGAAGAACUUCUGGGCAAAAUCGGCAAAAGAGGUUUUAUGGAUUUUCUCAAAAAACUUCCACUUGAAGAUUUGAAGAACGUUGGACUGAAAACUGGCGGAGCCGUGGCUGAUGAAAUUUUGGGCAAAAUUGGAAAACGUCUUGGAGGUUUCCUGGAUCAAAUUGACUGGGAUAACCUACCCCCUAUUGAAGAUUACUUAUAA